CAACGGUACCACACGCCAUAUCAACAGCAUGUUCCCUUGUAUAUAUAGAUACACUUGCUUCCAUAAUUUCCUGUGAACCUUAUCACAUAGCACAACACCGCUGAAUCUUGCUAACUCCCACAACCAUGGCCAAGGACAUAGAAACCGAGGUACCAAUUGAAUUGACCCACAAGGACUAUUACGACCCACCCCCAGCCCCAUUCUACGACGCCGCCGAGCUCCGCAAGUGGUCCUUCUACAGGGCCCUCAUCGCCGAGUUCGUCGCCACCCUCCUCUUCCUCUACGUCACCAUCCUCACCGUCAUCGGCUACAACCACCAGAUCCACCUCGGCGACUCCUGCGAUGGCGUCGGCAUUCUCGGCAUCGCCUGGGCCUUCGGCGGCAUGAUCUUCGUCCUCGUCUACUGCACCGCGGGCAUUUCCGGGGGUCACAUAAACCCCGCCGUCACGUUCGGGUUGUUUCUUGCCAGGAAGGUGUCGCUGGUGAGAGCGAUCGCGUACAUGGUGGCUCAGUGCUUGGGAGCUAUAUCUGGCGUGGGGCUGGUAAAGGCAUUUCAGAAGAGCUACUACAACAGGUACAAUGGUGGCGUGAACUUGCUCUCUGAUGGGUACAGUAAAGGCACUGGCUUGGGCGCUGAGAUUAUUGGCACCUUUGUUCUUGUCUACACUGUCUUCUCCGCCACCGAUCCCAAGAGAAAAGCCAGAGAUUCUCAUGUUCCCGUUUUGGCACCACUUCCAAUUGGGUUCGCGGUGUUCGUGGUUCACUUGGCCACCAUCCCUGUCACCGGCACUGGCAUCAACCCCGCCAGAAGCUUCGGCCCUGCUGUCAUACUCAACAACGAGAAAGCAUGGGAUGACCAGUGGAUCUUCUGGGUCGGACCUUUCAUCGGUGCAGCCAUUGCUGCAGUCUACCACCAGUACGUAUUGAGGGCACAAGCGGCAAAGGCUCUCGGGUCAUUCAGGAGCUCCUCGCACCUGUAACUCCAACAAAACCACAUGGAGACAGCCUUAAUUAAUCGUAUUCGAUGGAUCUUGGAUUUGGGAUUUGUAUAUCCUCGUCACUGUGUGUAUUUAUUUAUGUUUACUAUUUGCGGUAACGUCCAUUCAACGGACAUGCAUGUCCAUGUUAAUUUGUGUAUGCAUAUCUUUAAUCCUCUAUCCUACAUGUGCGCUAAUUACCUGUGGCUGUGGUUCUCGGGCGAUGAUAGGAUCACAUGUAGUAGUGAAGAGGUGUUUCUGAGAGCGAGAUCGUUGUACCGUGUCUAUUUAACUGUGUCGCGAUUAAUGGAUUUAUCUAUGGGUGUGGUCCAUGAUUGUUUAA